AUGCCGGCCAUGGAGCGCGUGGGGGAGGCGCCGCACUUCCUCGUGGUCACGUACCCGGCGCAGGGCCACAUCAACCCGGCGCGCCACCUCGCGCUGCGCCUGCUCCGCGCCACGCCGGGCGCCCGCGUCACCGUCUCCACCGCCGUCUCCGCCUGCCGCAAGAUGUUCCCGGACGACGCGGACGCCGCGGCGGUCGACCACGUCGACGCCGCCGGCGUCCGCUACGUGCCCUACUCUGACGGCUACGACGGUGGCUUCGACAAGUCCGCGCACGACAACAUGCACUACAUGUCCAACCUCAAGGUCGUGGGAGCCCGCACGCUGGACGGCGUGCUCGCGCGCCUCCGCGACGCCGGCACCCCCGUCACGCAGGUGGUGUACACGGUGCUCCUCUCCUGGGUCGCCGACGUCGCGCGCGGGCACGGGGUGCCGGCCGCGCUCUACUGGAUCCAGCCGGCCACCGUGCUCGCCGCCUACUUCCACUUCUUCCGCGGCACCGACGGCCUCGACCAGGCUGUCACUGCCGCGGCGGGCGACCCGUGGGCGGACGUCCGCGUCCGGGGGCUCCCGCCGAUGCGCGUGCGCGACCUGCCGUCGUUCCUCACCAUCGCGUCCGACGACCAUCCCUACUCCUUCGUGCUCGCCGCGUUCCGCGAGCUGCUCGACGUGCUUGAUCGCGAGGACUCGCCCACCGUGCUCGCCAACACGUUCGAUGCCAUGGAGCCCAACGCGGUGGCGACGCUGCAUCAGCACGGCAUCAACGUCGUCCCCAUCGGCCCCGUCCUCUCCUUCCUGGACGCCUCGGCGUCGGCAGCGGCGGCGGCCAACAACAGCAACGACCUGUUCAAGCAGGACGGCAAGGGGUACCUGGAGUGGCUGGACGCGCAGGAAGCGGGGUCGGUCGUCUACAUCUCCUUCGGGAGCCUGUCGACGAUGAGCAAGCGGCAGAUCGCGGAGGUGUCGCGCGGCAUGGCGGAGAGCGGCCGGCCGUUCCUGUGGGUGCUGAGGAAGGACAACCGCGGCGAGGUCGAGGACGAAGACUUGUGCACCGGCGGGGGCAUGGUGGUGGAGUGGUGCGACCAGGGGAAGGUGCUGUCGCACCCGGCGGUGGGAUGCUUUGUGACCCACUGCGGGUGGAACUCGACGCUGGAGAGCGUGGCGUGCGGCGUCCCGGUGGUGGGAGUGCCGCAGUGGACGGACCAGGGCACCAACGCGUGGCUGGUGGAGCGGCAGCUCGGCACGGGGGUCAGGGCCGCCGUGAGCGAGAAGGAUGGCGUGCUGGAGGCCGAUGAGCUGCGGAGGUGCAUCGGCUUCGCCACGUCGGAUGUGGUGCGCGCCAAGGCGGAGCUGUGGAGGGAAAAGGCGCGGGCGGCGGCUGCAGUGGGCGGCUCGUCCGAGAGGAACCUCAGGGCGUUCGUCGCCGGGCAGGUCGCCCUCGCCGGCAACUAG